AUGGUGUUACUGGGUCCCAUCACGGAUUAUGCAAUGAUAGAAAACGCUAUCGUAUACGAUCUGCAUGCUGUUUCAAUCUGCAUGAUUGCACAGUGGAAUCCUCUCCAUUUCGAUCCCAGCCUUAAUCAAUGUGUGUUCAGCUACGCUGUCCCAGGAUCAGACAAUGAAUUGACUCUUUGCACAUAUCCUACUUCCCGAGUGCUUAUCCAUGGCCAAAGGAGGUAUAGUCAGCUCUGUGGUAAUUUACUCAGUAGGAGUACAAUAGUAUCGCAAUAGUCAAGUACAAUGUAACUCCUUCCCUUCGCUUUUUAAAAAAUUCGUACAAUGUCUUUCUCAAACUUUUCAGUGUAUCUAAGCGAGGAUGAAACCGCUCUGUGUUUUAUUAGGAUUAACAUUUGGAGGAGGUGGAGGGCAGAGGCAAUUCCAUGUUUCAAAAAGGCAUCUCCCCCAACUUUGUUAGAUCGUAUCACAGUUCAGGUUUUGUUUUUCUAAAUUCUAAUUUCUUUUUUUUUCCUUGUUUUCGAAAGGGACGGUGACCAAGACAUCCCUAGUGAUGGUCUAUUUCACCACUUUUUUCACAUGUUUCACAUGGAGCAACACAAACGGAGAUUAUCAAUUCUGGAUAGAUGGAGAAGUCGUCGGGAGUGGCUCUGACUUUUACGAGGGAGGCACGAUUGAAAAGGGAAGUACUGUGGUCAUUGGACAAGACCAAGACGAAGUUGGGGGAGGUUUCGACCCGAGACAGUCCUGGCUUGGUGAAGUGUCUCGAAUAAAUGUACAUCGUAGCUGA